UCAGCCAAGCCCGUGUGCUCGCCGCCAGACCCGUGCGGACACCUCGGUGCUGGCCGCUGUCACUGGGGGCUGGGGGCUGUUCCGAGGAGCGGAGGGGUGCAGGGGUUCCGUCAGCAGCGUGUCCCGGGGGCCUGGACCAUGGUCCUGGAGGUGCAGGCAGCAUCUUCCCUCUGUCCAGCACGCAGUGACGGGGAGCCCCGGAGGGGAAAUGCAUCCUGAAUGGGGCUGAGCCCCCUGCUCGGGAAUAUGCAGCCUCGGCACCGCGGGGGCAGCACCAGGGCAGCGGCCGGCGCGCAGCGGGAUGGUGGCAACCUUCAAGAUCGCCGUGCUGGGAGCCCAGGGCGUGGGCAAGAGCGCCAUAGUCCGGCAGUUCCUGUACAACGAGUUCAGCGAGGUGUGCGUGCCCACCACGGCCCGCCGCGUCUACCUGCCCGCCGUGGUCAUGAACGGCCACGUGCACGACCUGCAGAUCAUGGACUUUCCCCCCAUCACCGCCUUCCCUGUCAACACCCUGCAGGAGUGGGCAGACGUGUGCUGCAGGGGGCUGCGGAGUGUCCAUGCCUACAUCCUGGUCUAUGACAUCUGCUGCUUCGACAGCUUCGAGUACAUCAAAACCAUCCGCCAGCAGAUCCUGGAAACAAGGGUCAUCGGCACCUCGGAGACGCCCAUCAUCAUCGUGGGCAACAAGCGCGACCUGCAGCGGGGCCGGGUGAUCCCGCGCUGGAACGUCUCCAACCUGGUGAAAAAGACGUGGAAGUGCGGCUACAUCGAGUGCUCGGCCAAGUACAACUGGCACAUCCUGCUGCUCUUCAGCGAGCUCCUCAAGAGCGUGGGCUGUGCCCGCUGCAAGCACGUCCACACCACCAUCCGCUUCCAGGGCGCGCUGCGCAGGAACCGCUGCACCAUCAUGUGAGAGCCUGCCCCGGACCCCGGGCUGCUGGGGCUGCUGGGGCUGCCCAGACCCGGGGAUGGCUCUGCUGCACCCUCAUGUGAGCUCCUGCCCUGGGGCUGCUGCUCCUGGGCUGCCCAGACCCGGGGAUGGCUCUGCUGCACCCUCAUGUGAGCCCCGGGCUGCUGGGGCUGCUGCUCCUGGGCUGCCCAGACCCGGGGGAUGGCUCUGCUGCCCCAUCAUGGGAGCUCCUGCCCUGGGCUGCCCAGACCCGGGGAUGGCUCUGCUGCCCCAUCAUGGGAGCUCCUGCCCUGGGCUGCCCAGACCCGGGGAUGGCUCUGCCCCCCAAGCAGUGGGAGCUGUGCCUGAGGCACCUCCGGGGGUGCUGAGGUGGCAUUUGGGGACAGGGCACCUUGGGCAGGGUGGUGCAGGGGGUGGCCAGGCUGCCUGGGGACAGUGAGGGAUGUCCCUGAGCUCUCUCCAAGCUGCAGAGCUCGAGGCCAAAGCCACCCCAGGGGGGUUGUACACGGCACUGGAGGGUGGAGGAGGUGACACCUCUGGGGUGCCCCCAGAGUGUGCCCAGAUUUUGGCUGCCAGUUCACCCUUGCCAGUCCCUGCCCUGGCAGCACAGGGGCACUGCCUGGUGCUGCCUGCCUGCAUCGCCUGCCCCUGGAAGGGAAUUAUCCAGCACUGGACCCCGGUGUUCUGGGGGUGGUUCUGUCUCUGGGGAAUAGGGAAACAGGAGUUUUCCCUCUGAGGAGCUGGGAUUUCUCCCUGUGGAGAAAUCCAGGUCACACGGGCUGUCUCUUGGCUUGGUCAGGUCAGACUUCCAGGUGGAAUUUUUGGAUGAAAGCAAGAAAGAGGGGGAAAAAGUAAGUCCCAAUCCUGCCCCUGAUAUCCCCAGGAGUGGGUUCUGCCUUCCCAGGGCUCUGAGCUCCCCUCUGCCCCAGCACAGCCCCAGCACAGGAAGGCUCCUCCUCCCCCAGCCCCUGAACACCAAAUAAUCUGGGAACACUCCUUGCCGGGCAGGUCACCCCUCUGCUACCUCUGGUCCUGGGCUCAGCAGGUGACAGGCUUUGCAGGGCUUCACCCCAGCCCCCGGGGUGUCCCCUGUGUCCCCUGUGUCCCCGGCAGUGCCACCAGGUCUGGCCCCGCCGGGUUUCCCCACAGGGAUGCUGCCUCGGCAGCAACAGGGAGCUGGAGCAGCACUUGCAGCUGCAUUCUUGGGUUUUUGUGGUUUUCUUUUUUUUUCUGCAUAUCCCUAAUAGGAAAGUGAGCCCUCCAUUUUUUUUUUAAAUUAUUAUUAUUUUUUAAUCUUCUGGUUUGUGCUUGCAGCAGAGCUGCAGCUCGCCUGCAUCCUGCCCUGCAGGGGGGGUUGGCAAAGGGCAGCCCCUGUUAGGAAAUGAUGAUGGGGUGGUGAAGAGGCUGAGAGGAGUGUGGAUUCUCCAUGGCUGGUCCCUGUGAGACACAGGGAAACACCAUCCUCACCUCGUGAGGCAGGAUCUGUGUCUGAUCCAUCCUCCAGCAAAACCAUCUCCGUGAUUGCUGCUGUCACAGGGAGCUGGAGGGGUUCAGCUCUGCUCUGGGCAGCAAAGAGGACACCCAGCCCCCCCUGCCAGCACAGCCAGGCGCCCACGGCCCAGCAGCUCCACUGUGCUCCUGGAAUUGCUUCCCAUCAAAGGCAGCUCCAGCUGAGCUCCAGUGCCUCUGACCAUCCCACCCCUGGGCCAGGGCUGGGGGUGCAUCCUGCUCCCCCCUCCCUGCCUGGGGAAUCAAGCUCCUUGCUCCAAAAUUAAAAAAAAAAAAAUUAAAAAAAAAAUUAAAAAGGGAAAAAAUGAGGAAAGGCAAUGGGGGGACACGGGUCCAUCUCAGCCAGGAAGGGCAGUGGCACUUGUCACCUUCCCCUGCCUUCAUGGCAAACCUGGCUCCCCUGUCCAAGCUCAUCCUGUCAGGAUUUAUUAACACAUGUAAGUCCACUUAUCGAUCUCUGGCUAGAGCUUUAUCCCUCCAAAUUGUCUGAGAAGGAAAUUCCUUGGUAAAUGCUAAUAAAAAAGCAUUUAUGAAGUGCUCCGACGUACACAUAUCAAAGACUAAGCCAAUACAUUGUUUGUUAUAACCCUGUAGCCUGCAGUUUAUAGCACAAUUAGUUACAGGUUUUUAUAGCAUCUAUUUAGUAUUUUGAAGAAAAAAAAAGAAAAAAAAGGUUAUAAAUAUAAUUGUUAUAUUCUAUUGUACUUUAUAGACAGAGGAAGUUAUAUUAGUAAUAAUAACAACUCUCACUGCUUCGACAGCAUUUCCCAGCUCCCGGGAAAACCAAACCAGGGCUACAAAGAGCUACUUUCCCAAGAGCCCAGGAAGGGGUAGAUGGUGGUGGUGGCACCCUGGGUGCAGGCAGGGAACCCAGGCAGGAGGAUCCGAGGUGUCCAGGAGCAGGGGCUGGAGCACACGGCAGCAGCCACGAGCACCCCACGGCCCUACUCACACCUUACCACAGAUUUACCACUCACCCAGCACCCCCUGGUCCUGCUGAGAGCAGCCUGGGCUGGCACAGCCGGGGGUGUCCCCGCUGCUGUGCCCAGGGCAGUGCCAGGGCUCUGUCCCCGUGCUCAUGGAGGUGGUGCCUGGGUUUGGUUCGGCCCCACCAAGGAUGCUGCCCUCUCCCCCUCCUCCUCCUCCUGCCCCACCGAGCAUCCCAGUUGCCUGGACUUGGCUUCCCUUCCCCCCCUGGACUCCUUGUUGGAGAUUCCCGAGGUGUCUGCACAGCCUGUGAUGCCCUGCACCUCCUUCUUUGAAAUUGAAUUAAAAAUCAGGUCUGUCC